AUGUUAUGGCUUUUGCAAGUUCUGUAUCGGGUGCAGCUGACUAAUAUCCUUUAUGAAUCCUCAGGAUCUUUGAUAGCCAUACUUGUACCAGUCACUCGCAAUUCCGGACUUGCUCCUUUGAACUAUGAGAGCUGGCGUAAAGUACCUUACAAGAAGGAACUAUGGAAGUAUGUUAAGAAAAGAUUAAAGAAGAACCAUUAUUAUAAGUUCAAGACCGAUAAAUCAAGACUUGCAUCUCGUCCAUCCCAAGUACCGGAGACGCAAUUUAAGGCUCUUCUCAACUAUUGGAAUACUGAUUUUGUAAAGCAAGAUGAAAAGGAGGAUAAGGCUUAUCCGACUUUGGCGGAAAUGUUCAUUGCCACGCGCAAGAGAAAAGCGGGCCGUUCAUACAAGGAAUCAAGGGAAGAUACAACUAGCAAAAUUUCCAAAUUGCAGGAGCUCCUAAACAGUGGAAAUGAUUCUUUUUCCACUGUUAUAGGUGAGAGGCCUCCCGGUCGUGCAUUUCUGUAUGGAAGAGGGGUUACAAGAACCAAUUUGAAGAACGGAGUAGGAUGCAGUUCUUCAAUAAUUGUACCCGAAGAGCUUGUGCAAUCUAUCACGGACAAGAUAAGGAAAGAACUGAAAGAUCAAUUUGACAAGGAGAUGGCUGGGUAUAAGGCGUUAUUUGAAAGUGUUAUGUCUCAAGUGAAUCCGACAGUAGUUGAACCAAGUGAAAAUUCUGAUUCUGAAAGCGCUCAAUUUUGAUUGAGAGCUCCUCUAGUUAAGUACCAGUUAUGUUUUGUAGUAUAAUCGUUAUGUUUGAUGAAUACAUUUUCUUUUUGUGAUGUAAU